AUGGCAGAACCAAUUAGGAAAAACCCUCCAAUCACACUGACCCCGGAACAAAAUAGUGUAUAUGAAGCUGUCAUACAAGGGCAUAAUAUUUUUUUUACUGGUAGCGCUGGAACUGGAAAAUCACUAAUUCUAUCUAAAAUUAUAGGAGUGUUGCCACCAGAUAACACCUUUAUCACAGCCAGUACUGGCCUAGCAGCUUGCAAUAUAAAAGGAACUACUAUACAUUCUUUUGCUGGGAUGGGCCUGGGAGAGAGUUCACUGGAAGAAUGCGUGAAGUUGGCGUCGAGACCAGCCUACAGGACUCAGUGGAGACAGUGCAAGCAUCUCAUUAUUGAUGAAAUUUCAAUACUGUCUUCAGCUUGGAAGAGAUGUUUCACGAAGUGCAUUGUACUGAAAGAAGUUCACAGGCAGGCUGACCAACACUUCAUUAACAUACUCAAUGAGAUUAGAACCGGGCGCAUGAAUGAUUCGGAGACCAAAAAAAGAAAAUUAAUUCUUGUGGGCUCGGCCACCGUGCAGCUCAAAAUUGCUUCUCAAUGA